AUGGAAAAAUUUUAUCUACAGGUACAAGCACUGCUUAAAGAUUUCAAGGAGAAGAUGUAUCACAGUUUAGAUAUCCUACUGCCUGCAACUAAGGUUCAAACUAUAAGCGAGGUACACCUAAUCUCUGGAAUGGCGGAGGGCAAAGACCUGACUGCAUACCGCAAGAGUUCUCAGCUAAAUGUGAGCAGAUCCACGUUGGAGUGGGAGCCUGACCACUUUAAGCAAGUCCCCUAUGAGAGCAAGAUAUACAGCCUGCAAACUUUUUGCCUAGCUGAGGGAGAUAUGGAUAUUUCUAUGGGCUGGAGUAUGAGCACUUCACAAUAUCCUAUGAAUCCUCCCUUACACGAUAUACAUGUGAGAUCAUCCAAGGGACUCACAACAGAGAGGGGCUUAGCUUCUCCGGAUCUGCAUGGGGAUGGUCUGGGCGCCGGUGGUGAUCCUCAGCAGUCCGCUGGUGUCCUGAUAGUCCCUGGUCUUUCUCAAGUGACAACAGCAAUACCUUCCUUGAGCACACCAGUAGUAAGGCCACUUUUUAUAAAUCACAACAGCCAGAUUUGCAGCACCUGGGGAAACUUCCAUUAUAGGAAUUUUGACGGAGAUGUAUUCUUUUUUCCGGGGUCAUGCAACUACAUCUUCUCCUCUCAUUGUAAGAGUAACUAUGAAGACUUUAACAUUGAAAUACAUCAAACUGUAGAGAACAAUGAACGUACCUUCAGUCAGAUCACUAUGAAGAGUGAUGGUGUGGUGCUGGAAAUGGGCAAUAAUUCCAUUUCAAUAGAUGGAAACUUGUGAAAACUGCCACUUGACAAUCCAAAGCUUCAUAUGGAAAUGUGUGGUCUAUAUAUGAAGGUGAAAACCAAAAAUGGAGUCACUUUAAUGUGGAAUGGAAAAGACAGUAUACAGUUAAUAUUGGACACUAAAUAUGCCAACCAGACAUGUGGAUUAUGUGGCGACUUUGAUGGUAUUUCCGGUUUUACUGAGUUUUUCUAUAAUGGUAUGAAGCUUAAUCCUGUGCAGUUUGGAAACUUACAAAAACUAAACAAUCCUACGGAAGAUUGCAACGAUCCAGAUUUUUCAGCAGAAGACAUUUGCCCAGAAGAGGUGGAGAUAUGUGAGAGCAUUCUAAAAUCCACGGCCUUCUCAAGUUGCAACACUCUUGUACAGGUUGAUGCAUAUGUACAAGCUUGUGCACAUGAUUUGUGUCAUUGUACUAAUGAGACCCGGUCUUUCUACAUGUGCAGCACAUUUGCUGAGUACUCCAGGCAGUGUGCUCACUCAGGGGGCACACCAGGCAAUUGGAGAACCUCAGAGAUGUGUCCCCAACAAUGUCCAUCUAGUAUGGAAUACCAGGAAUGUGGCUGUCCUUGCCCUGAUACCUGCACCAAUUCAGAGAGAGCUUUAUUGUGUGAAGACCAUUGCCAAGAUGGCUGCUUCUGUCCUGCAGGAACUGUACUUGAUGACGUUUACCAUUCAGGUUGCAUUCGUCAAGAAGAAUGUUUUUGUAUUUAUAACGGUGAGACAUAUAACCCAGGCUCAUCCUUCUCUACCCUUUCUCGUACCUGCACAUGCGUUAAAGGAAAAUGGAACUGCCAAGAGAUUCCUUGUUCUAAGACCUGUUCUUUUGAGGGAGGCGCUCACAUUACGACCUUUGAUGAAUCUUAUUACACUAUUCACGGGGAGUGCAGCUAUGUCCUGGCAAAGCUCCCUAACCAUGACAAUUUCACCAUGAUGGUAAAUGUGCACAAUUGUGGCCUAACUAAAAGUAGCUCUUGCCUGAAGAGUAUGAUGGUCAGCCUGAACGGAGGCCAAACCACUGUGGAUGUUAAAUCUAGUGGCUCCGUUCUUUACAAUUCCAUACCCACUCAACUCCCCCUUUUGUCUGGAAAUAUAAGUAUAUUCAAACCUUCAUCCUUCUUCAUCAUUAUGUCCACCCGCUUUGGCGUACAGAUGCAAGUGCAACUCCAACCCACCAUGCAAGUCUAUGCAACUCUUGACCCAUCUUAUCAAGGCCACACCAGUGGACUUUGUGGAAACUUCAACAAUAUUCAAUCAGAUGACUUUAAAGCCACUAGUGGGAUUAUUGAAGGAACGGCAGCCGCAUUCGCUAAUACCUGGAAGACUCAGUCAAUCUGUCCUGAUGUCCAAAACCUCUUUGAAGAUCCAUGUUCACUAAGUGUGGAAAAUGAGAAAUAUGCCCAACAUUGGUGUGGUUUACUUACUGAUCCAAAAGGACCUUUCUCUUCAUGCCACAGUCAAGUGAAUCCAUCUGUCUAUCACACGAGAUGUUUGUCUGAUACGUGCAGCUGUAAGGACUGUGAGGACGGCAUGUGUGCCGCUCUUUCUUCUUAUGUACAUGCAUGUUCUAGGAAAGGAGUCACUCUAACAGGAUGGCGAAAAAAUGUGUGUGGAAAAUUCACUGAGACCUGUGGGGAAUCCCAGACAUAUAGUUACAGUGUGACACAGUGUCAACCAACCUGCCGAGCACGGGCUGAAACUGACUCAACUUGUGGUAUUGAUUUUGUCCCUGUGGAUGGCUGUGUUUGCAAAGAAGGAACAUAUAUGGAUGAAACCGGGGCCUGUGUCUUACCCACUGAAUGCCCCUGCUAUUACCAUGGAAUUGCGUUGAUGUCUGGAGAGUUAAUAAAGGACAAUGGCAUUUUGUGCAUCUGCAACGAGGGACAGCUGAACUGUAUGGAGAAGAAAUUUAAGAAGCCGGUUUGUUCACCUCCAAUGAUUUAUUUUGAUUGCACCAAUGCCACAAAAGACACGAAAGGAGCAGAAUGUCAAAAGAGUUGUCACACAUUGGAUAUGGAAUGUUAUAGCACUCAGUGCACUUCAGGCUGCAUGUGUCCUGACAACUUGAUUUAUGAUGGCAAAGGUAGUUGUAUCUCUGAAGAUGAUUGCCCAUGUAUCCAUAAUGAGGCAACAUACACUUCUGGAGCAGAGAUCACUGUUGGAUGUAACACCUGUAUUUGCAGAAACAGGAGAUGGCGAUGUACCCAAAAAGCUUGUCUGGGAACAUGUGUUGUUUAUGGAGAUGGACAUUACCAAACAUUUGAUGGAAAAAAAUAUGAUUUUAGUGGAAACUGUGAAUACACCCUAGUUCAGGAUCAGAGUGGCCAUAGAACGGUAAACAGUAAUUUCCGAGUCAUUACAGAAAAUGUCCCUUGUGGCACCACUGGUUCUACUUGCUCCAAAAACAUCAAAGUCUUCCUUGGGGGUAUUGAACUUCUCCUUAAUGAUGAAAAAAUAGAAGUGGUUCACAGAGCUAGAAGUAACCACAACCAAUAUGAGAUCCAGCAAAGGGGACUCUAUCUUGUCAUCAGAGCUGAGAAUGGACCCAUUAUCAUGUGGGACAAGAAGACCAGCAUCAUGAUCAAGCUAAGUCCAAAAUUUCAGGGUAAGGUCUGUGGUCUUUGUGGCAAUUACGAUGGGAAUUCCAACAAUGACUUCACUACCAGAAGUCAAUCAGUGGUGGAAAAUAAGUAUGAAUUUGUUAACAGCUGGAAAUUAUCCCCAAAUUGCCCAGAUGUUGUCACCAACAAGGAUCCAUGCUUAAUUAACCCAUAUAGGAAGUCAUGGUCACAAAAACAGUGUGGAAUUAUCACUAGCAAUGUGUUCCAGCCUUGUCAUUCUCAGGUGGACCCUGUUAAAUAUUAUGAAGCUUGCCUUAGCGAUUCAUGUGCCUGUGACUCUGGGGGUGACUGUGAAUGUUUCUGUACAGCAGUGGCAUUAUACGCACAGGCCUGCAACGAAGCUGGAGUGUGUAUCAGAUGGAGGACACCACAUAUGUGUCCUUUGUUCUGCGAUUACUAUAAUGUUGCUGGGUACUGCGAGUGGCACUACAAACCCUGUGGCUCCCGUUGCAUGAAAACUUGUAAAAACCCAGAGGGAAUAUGUGAAUAUGAUUUACCUGGAUGUGAAGGCUGUUAUCCCAAUUGCCCAGCAGCUAAACCUUAUUUUGAUGAGGAUUCUUUAAAGUGUGUCGCUGCAUGCGGCUGUUAUGACGGUGAAGGCAAUUUUUAUAAGCAAGGAGAAGCAUUGUUGCCUUUACAGAAUUGUUAUGUGUGUUUGUGUACAAGAAAAGGAAUUAUAUGUGCAUAUGACAUCACAGCAUGUCGAUGUGAAUAUAACAAUAAAAUAUACAACUACAUGGAUAUUAUAGAGCAGUCGAAUAAUGAAGGUGAAGAAUGUAAACAAAUUAGAUGUGAUGCAAAUGGGACCGUACUCCAUGUCAAUACUGAGUGCUCAAAAUAUACAACUCAGAAAACAACAACAAACGAAAAUAGGAACUUGUCAGUUCCAUUUACAACGGAAACUUUCAAAACUAAACCCAACCCAACACAAUUAACUUCCAUUACAACAGAAAGAUUUUUCACAACUAAACAAUUUAGCAGUACCUCAUAUUCAACUACAACUGCUUCUGAAACAACUGAAACAACUGAAACUACUAGUAAAUCAAUUACAUUGGCAAUAACAACUUCAGAUAGCCCACCAGAAUGCUUACCUCAGUGUUAUUGGACAGUGUGGUUUGAUGAAAAUCAUCCAUCAUCAAGUAAUGAAGGAGAUAGAGAAGGAUUUGAAAUAAGUUCUCAAAAAGGGAAAAGAGUUUGCCAAAGUAAAAUGCAUCUUAAAAAUGUUGAGUGCAGAGUUCAGAAUCAUACAGAGGUUAGACUGGAAAACCUAAAUCAAGUUGUUCAUUGUGAUAUAUCUUCAGGCUUAAGGUGCAUGAACCAAGAUAAUAGAGAUCGCUUUUCAAUGUGUUUGAAUUAUGAAAUUAGAUUCUUGUGUUGUGAUGACUACAGUAACUGUCCUGCAACAACCACAAGAAUAACAACUCAAGGUCCAUCAGAAACUUCGACCCUUAUAACACAGUCUCCGACUCUCAAACUAUUUAGCAGUACAUCGUAUCCAACCACAGAAGUUUCUGAAGCAACACCUGAAGAAACAACUAGUGAACCAACUAUAUUGCCAAUAACAACUUUAAUGUCUCCUACAGCCACCACAAGAAUUACAACUCAACGUCCUUCAGACACUUCUACCAUUUUAACUCAGUCUCCGACUGUCAAAAUAUAUAGCAGUACCUCAUCUCCAACAACAACUGCUUCUGAAACAACACCUGAAAAAACUACUGGUGAACCAACUACAUUGCCAAUAACAACUUUAACGUCUCCUACAGCCACCAAAAUAAUAACAACUCAAGGUCCUGCAGACACUUCUACCAUUUUAACUCAGUCUCCGACUGUCAAAAUAUAUAGCAGUACCUCAUAUCCAACUACAACUGUUUCAGAAACAACACCUGAAAAAACUACUGGUGAAUCAACUACAUUGUCAACAACAACUUCAAUGUCAGAUAGCACACCAGGAUGCUUGCCUCGGUGUUACUGGACAGUAUGGUUUGAUGAGAAUCAUCCAUCAUCACGUAAUGAAGGGGACAGAGAAAGUUUUGAAAUAAGUUCCCAAAAGGGGAAAAAAGUCUGCCAAAGUAAAAUGCAUCUUAAAAAUGUUGAGUGCAGAGCUCAGAAUUACCCAGAGGUUGCCAUGGAAAACCUAAAUCAAGUUGUUCACUGUGAUAUAUUUUCAGGCUUAAGGUGCAUGAACCAAAAUAAUAGAGGUUCCUUUUCAAUGUGUUUGAAUUAUGAAAUUAGAUUCUUGUGUUGUGAUGACUACAGUAACUGUCCUACAACAACCGCAAGAAUAACAACUCCAGGUCCUUUGGACAAUUCUACCCUUAUAACACAGUCUCCGACUCUCAAACUAUUUAGCAGUACAUCGUAUCCAACCACAGAAGUUUCUGAAGCAACACCUGAAGAAACAACUAGUGAACCAACUAUAUUGCCAAUAACAACUUUAAUGUCUCCUACAGCCACCACAAGAAUUACAACUCAACGUCCUUCAGACACUUCUACCAUUUUAACUCAGUCUCCGACUGUCAAAAUAUAUAGCAGUACCUCAUCUCCAACAACAACUGCUUCUGAAACAACACCUGAAAAAACUACUGGUGAACCAACUACAUUGUCAAUAACAACUUUAAUGUCUCCUACAGCCACCACAAGAAUUACAACUCAAGGUCCUUCAGACACUUCUACCAUUUUAACUCAGUCUCCGACUGUCAAAAUAUAUAGCAGUACCUCAUAUCCAACUACAACUGCUUCUGAAACAACACCUGAAAAAACUACUGGUGAACCAACUACAUUGUCAACAACAACUUCAAUGUCAGAUAGCACACCAGGAUGCUUGCCUCAUUGUUACUGGACAGUGUGGUUUGAUGAGAAUCAUCCAUCAUCACGUAAUGAAGGGGACAGAGAAAGUUUUGAAAUAAGUUCCCAAAAGGGGAAAAAAGUCUGCCAAAGUAAAAUGCAUCUUAAAAAUGUUGAGUGCAGAGCUCAGAAUUACCCAGAGGUUGCCAUGGAAAACCUAAAUCAAGUUGUUCACUGUGAUAUAUUUUCAGGCUUAAUGUGCAUGAACCAAAAUAAUAGAGGUCCCUUUUCAAUGUGUUUGAAUUAUGAAAUUAGAUUCUUGUGUUGUGAUGACUACAGUAACUGUCCUACAACAACUACAAGAAUAACAACUCCAGGUCCUUUGGACACUUCUACUCUUAUAACACAGUCUCCGACUCUCAAACUAUUUAGCAGUACAUCAUAUCCAACCACAACGGUUUCUGAAACAACACCUGAAGAAACAACUAGUGAACCAACUACAUUGCCAAUAACAACUUUAAUGUCUCCUACAGCCAAAACAAGAAUUACAACUCAAGGUCCUUCAGACACUUCUACCAUUUUAACUCAGUCUCCGAAUGUCAAAAUAUAUAGCAGUACCUCAUCUCCAACUACAACUGCUUCUGAAACAACACCUGAAAAAACUACUACUGAACCAACUACAUUGUCAAUAACAACUUCAAUUUCUCCUACAGCCACCACAAUAAUAACAACUCAAGGUCCUGCAGACACUUCUACCAUUUUAACUCAGUCUCCGACUGUCAAAAUAUAUAGCAGUACCUCAUCUCCAACUACAACUGCUUCUGAAACAACACCUGAAAAAACUACUACUGAACCAACUACAUUGUCAACAACAACUUCCAUGUCAGAUAGCACACCAGGAUGCUUGCCUCAGUGUUACUGGACAAUGUGGUUUGAUGAGAAUCAUCCGUCAUCAGGUAAUGAAGGGGACAGAGAAAGUUUUGAAAUAAGUUCCCAAAAGGGGAAAAAGGUCUGUCAAAGUAAAAUGCAUCUUAAAAAUGUUGAGUGCAGAGCUCAGAAUUACCCAGAGGUUGCCAUGGAAAACCUAAAUCAAGUUGUUCACUGUGAUAUAUUUUCAGGCUUAAUGUGCAUGAACCAAAAUAAUAGAGGUCCCUUUUCAAUGUGUUUGAAUUAUGAAAUUAGAUUCUUGUGUUGUGAUGACUACAGUAACUGUCCUACAACAACUACAAGAAUAACAACUCCAGGUCCUUUGGACACUUCUACUCUUAUAACACAGUCUCCGACUCUCAAACUAUUUAGCAGUACAUCAUAUCCAACCACAACGGUUUCUGAAACAACACCUGAAAAAACAACUAGUGAACCAACUACAUUGCCAAUAACAACUUUAAUGUCUCCUACAGCCAAAACAAGAAUUACAACUCAAGGUCCUUCAGACACUUCUACCAUUUUAACUCAGUCUCCGAAUGUCAAAAUAUAUAGCAGUACCUCAUCUCCAACUACAACUGCUUCUGAAACAACACCUGAAAAAACUACUGGUGAACCAACUACAUUGCCAAUAACAACUUCAAUGUCUCCUACAGCCACCACAAUAAUAACAACUCAAGGUCCUGCAGACACUUCUACCAUUUUAACUCAGUCUCCGACUGUCAAAAUAUAUAGCAGUACCUCAUCUCCAACUACAACUGCUUCUGAAACAACACCUGAAAAAACUACUACUGAACCAACUACAUUGUCAACAACAACUUCCAUGUCAGAUAGCACACCAGGAUGCUUGCCUCAGUGUUACUGGACAAUGUGGUUUGAUGAGAAUCAUCCGUCAUCAGGUAAUGAAGGGGACAGAGAAAGUUUUGAAAUAAGUUCCCAAAAGGGGAAAAAGGUCUGUCAAAGUAAAAUGCAUCUUAAAAAUGUUGAGUGCAGAGCUCAGAAUUACCCAGAGGUUGCCAUGGAAAACCUAAAUCAAGUUGUUCACUGUGAUAUAUUUUCAGGCUUAAGGUGCAUGAACCAAAAUAAUAGAGGUCCCUUUUCAAUGUGUUUGAAUUAUGAAAUUAGAUUCUUGUGUUGUGAUGACUACAGUAACUGUCCUACAACAACCACAAGAAUAACAACUCCAGGUCCUUUGGACACUUCUACCCUUAUAACACAGUCUCCGACUCUCAAACUAAUUAGCAGUACUUCAUAUCCAACUACAACAGUUUCUGAAACAACACCUGAAGAAACAACUAGUGAACCAACUACAUUGCCAAUAACAACUUUAAUGUCUCCUACAGCCACCACAAGAAUUACAACUCAAGGUCCUUCAGACACUUCUACCAUUUUAACUCAGUCUCCGACUGUCAAAAUAUAUAGCAGUACCUCAUAUCCAACUACAACUGCUUCUGAAACAACACCUAAAAAAGCUACUGGUGAACCAACUAUAUUGUCAAUAACAACUUUAAUGUCUCCUACAGCCACCACAAUAAUAACUCAAGGUCAUUCAGACACUUCUACCAUUUUAACUCAGUCUCCGACUAUCAAAAUAUAUAGCAGUACCUCAUAUCCAACUACAACUGCUUCUGAAACAACACCUGAAGAAACUACUAGUGAACCAACUACAUUGCCAAUAACAACUUUAAUGUCUAAUACUCCAUUAGAAUUGGUGUCAACCCCUCAGGGUCCUUUGGAAACUUCUAGCAUUACAGCACAAUCUUCGACUGUCAAUCAAUAUAGCAGUACAUCAUAUCUAUCUACAACUGCUCCUGAAACAACACUAACAAAAACUAAUAGUGAACCAACUGCAUUGCCAAUAACACAUUUAUAUUCAACAUCAAUUAGUACACUGUCUAUUUCUGAGGAAUCAACUACAAAUGUGGACAAUGGUAAUAUAAUAACGCCUCAAAGCACCACUUAUCGGGUUAUUCCUUUAAAACGUUGUACGUGCAACUGGACUGAAUGGUUUACUGAUAGUAGCUUAUUUUCUAACAGUGGUGGGGAUCUUGAUAUAUAUGAUGUUUUUAAAGCAAAGGGGAAAACCAUCUGCUUCAAUAAAACAUCUGCUAAAAAUGUUGAAUGCACGGUGAAGAAUAACAUCAAUGUUUCCUUCUCACAUAGUGAAAAGCACUAUCAGUGCAAUGUUACAACUGAUUUAAUAUGCAGCAACAAUACACAGAACUGUCCUGACAUUCUAAAAAUACGUUUUCUGUGCUGCCACGAUGAUGUUUGUGAUCCAUCAACUUCUACAACUACCUCCAGUUCUCGAUCAACAGUCUCUGAUUCUUAUUCAUUUUCAAGCAGAUAUCCUUUAUCAGCUGAAGUUCCAAGUACAACAUUUGUAACUGAUACUUCUGAAUUGGAAACAUCCACCACAGGAUUUGUUUGCGUGUUUGUGUUUAUCGCUGCAGUUUCUCUAUAA